UUCACCUUUAACAUUCCUGCGUGUGAAAAAUACCUCAAACUUCCGAGAAAAUUACGAAAACAGCCCAUAUCCUCUACGCCUGAAUAAAACCUCGUUUCAGUGUUUGUGACCUUGCUCCGUCCUCGAAAUCCUCUAAUGGAGUCGCUCAUACACGGUUCAUCUUCAAUUUUUCUCACUAAACAGAUAAUAAGUGGUGGGAAUUCGGUAAACAGAAGCUCAAGCUUCAAAAAUGGACAUGGGUGGUCUUUUUCUCCUCAAAAGCUAUCGUUUGGCCUCAGAAAAGCAGUCAUAGUUGGGGCAAAGAAGGACAACAAGAACAAGAAGGAAGAUACUCACAGCUUCAUUCCCAAACCUGAUGAGGCAACUGGGUAUUUCCCCGAAGCGGUACUUCUCAAAGAGAAGAAAGUUCAGGAAGAUGGUAGAGUUCUCCCUGAUUUUGCUGAUGCCGAAGAGGAGGAGCUCUUCGAACUUCUGAACCUUCAGCUGCAGAGUGAAUCAGAUGUCACGCAGAAGCGCCACUAUGAGGUUGUAUAUAUAAUUCAUGAGAAGCAUGAGGAAGAGGUUGGGAGUGUUAAUGAGAAAGUUCAAGAAUUUUUGAGGGAGAAGAAAGCCAAGAUAUGGAGACUGAAUGAUUGGGGUCUUCGAAGAUUAGCAUACAAGAUAAAGAAAGCCAAGAAUGGACAUUACAUCUUAAUGAACUUUGAGUUGGAAGGCCAAUGGAUAAAUGAUUUCAAGACUAUGUUAGACAAAGACGAAAGAGUCAUUCGGCACCUUGUAAUGAAGGCAGAUGAGGCAAUCACAGAGGAUUGCCCGCCUCCACCUGAGUUCCACACAUUGCGUGCUGGUAUGGAUGACGAUGAUGAAGAGGAUGAUGUAGAUUAUGAUGAAGAUGAUGGUGAUGUAGAAUACGAUGAUGAAGAAUAUGGCGAGGAGGAGGUUGAUGGUUCUAUCGAUGAUGAUGAUGAAGAUGGUGUUAUCGCCAGCACAUUUGUAUGUAGUGAAGGGAGAGAAAAUGAAUCAAGUAACAUAAAAAGAAGACAUGAGAAAGUAGGCAGGUAGUCAAAGGAGUUCAGGGUUGGUUUAUGUAAUGUCUUAUAGCGUGAUAUUUGUGUGACAACUAAAUGAAAGGGAACCAUUUAGUAAUUUAUGUUGUUUAUCUUUAUGAAGGUUCUGCUUGAGAUCUCUAA